ACCAAAAUUGAUCAAAAUGAGCAAAGGCAAUUUUUAAAACCUGAUAAUAGUGAUAAUUCAUCGUUUUCGUGUGAUUUCGAGAAAAUCGUCGUUCAUUUUUAUAGUGAUUGUAACAAAUAUGGUGAUACUCCCACUCUUCCUUAUUUAUAUUAUUAUCGACGAUCAGAUGCUACACCCACGAACAAUCUGAUGCUACGGAACGCUGAUGCGAAAUUUCACGAAAUCAAAUAUAACUGGACGAUUCCUCAAUUCAGCGCAUUCGAAUCGAAAACACCUUGGUCUGCUCGAAUUCCUGUCAAAUCCGUGAGAUUCCCAACUCUUUUGAAUAAAUUAUACGAAUGGGAAGUAUUAUUUUAUCCGAACGGUGUAAGUGGUUCGCAAGACUCUAUUUCCCUAAUACUGCGAUUGCACUGCAUUUGUGGAUUUGAAAAAGCAGUUGUAAAUUUCAAAGCAUCCGUGAUGGAUCGCCACUAUAGAGAGGUGCGGUCGAAGGAAGACUUGCGAGAAUUUAUUUCCGGCGGAAUGAUAAUCGAAUGGAAUGAAUUCUGCCACAAAGACAAAAUUUUUCGAAAUAAGUUACUGUUCAACAACCAGUUAAUUAUUUUCGUGCAUAUAUCGUAUUAUAUCCAGUGCCAAGAUCUGCCUUCUAAUAUCGCCAAAUGUGAUCUAUCCAAUAGUUUAGCAUCGUUACUGAAAAAUCCUAAAUUUGCUGACGUUCAGCUUAAUGUAAGCAGUGGUAAAAGUUAUUGGGCUCAUAGAGCCAUUUUGGCAUCUCGUAGCGGAUUUUUCGCUCGCAAAUUUAACGAAAUCGAUAAAGAAAAAAGGUAUAAAAAAGUUCUGCUUCAUGUUACCGAUACCGAUAGAGAUGUAAUGGAUGCGGUUUUACGUUAUAUUUAUACUGGAGGAUGCGAAACCUCGAACAAUUUAACCGAUAGGUUAUUAAUGGCGGCGGAUAAAUUCGAGGUGCAUGGACUGGUGAACAUUUGCUUGGAAUCCUUGAGUGAUAUUGUGAUAUCGGUUAAAAAUGCAGCAAAUGUACUUGUAUCGGCGGAUAAGUAUCAUUUACACGAAUUAAAAUCUAGGGUGAUUGAAUAUAUCGUUGGUCACUGGGUUGACGUAUUGAAAUCGGUGGGGUGGAAAAGAAUGGUAGGAACGAAUACUCAUCUGGUCAAUGAAAUGUGUCAAAUUUUGGCGAAACGAUCGAAUAAAAAUCAAAUUACUUGAUUUUAAUGGUAUUAUAGAAAUUCGAGAUGCUAUUUGAAGAUUUUCAGGAAGUGAACGGAUACAGAAUUAAUGGAUCUCAAAGUUUUUGAGAACGGGAUUUUCUAGAUGAUGCGAUGAGAAAAUUCCAGCAUUGAAAUGUCCGUCCUGUAUUAUAAAAUUAAAUUCAGGGAUCUAUUCUAGUCAAAAAAAAAAUCGAUGAAUAAAUUUAUAUCUAAUAUGAUCUACAAAGUGUGAAAUACAAUGUAAUAAAAUAUAAGUUUCUCGAUUGCUAUCAUUAAUAAAUAAAGACAUCUGAUAUCUUCGGAAAUAUUUACAGAAU